GAUUCAUCAGUGAAGUCUGCAGCUUUGGCUCUUCUCUGAUAUUUGACCGACACAUCAAGGGACUCUGGCUUACCAGGAUGAACUUGGUGUCAGUGACCACCCAGCUUGCUGUAAAAGUGUUUGAGGGGCAACAAAAGACAAACUAACACAGACAGAGAGAAAAAAAAGGGUGAGAAGGGAUUUCUUUCUGAAAGGGAUUCCCCCGCCCAAGCAAACAGAGGUGUGCUGGCAGACUGUCAGAGUCAUGAACAGAAGCUGGAGGUAGAACAUGACAUCCAGAACCAGCUGAAGCUGUCAGGCUUCAUGUCUCCCCAUGAGGGAGGACACGAAGAUGAGUGUCACCAACGAUCACUCUUUCAACAUCCUGACCAUCAUCUUUCUCCUCCUGUCUACUGAAGCUCUUUCUGCGCAUUUCCGGGUGUGUGAACCUUACUCUGACCACAAGGGGCGCUAUCACUUUGGAUUCCACUGUCCUCGUCUCUCAGACAAUAAGACUUACAUGUUCUGCUGUCACCAUAACAACACAGCCUUCAAGUACUGCUGCAACGAGACCGAGUUUCAGACAGUCAUGGGGGUCAACCUGACCACCUCCCCAGACGGUUAUGCUCACAACAAUUACUCUGCAUUAAUCGGCGUGUGGAUCUAUGGAUUUUUCGUCAUGGUGCUGUUAGCGCUUGACUUCCUGUAUUAUUCUGCCAUGAACUAUGAGGUGUGUCGGGUUUAUCUGGAGAAGUGCGGUCUGGGGGGCCGCUGGCUGAAACAGGCCCGCAGUCAGUGGCACGGCCCUGCACAGGAGGAGAGUGAUGGGCAGCCCGUUCAACCUGGAGCUCCAUCAGUACCUCAUGAGCAACAUCAUCAACACAGCUGCAGUCAGACCAGACACAGCAUGACUGAGGACACACAUAACACAACACAGAUCACACACAACAUGGCAACGGCCUGAGUAACCAAAUGAAGACCAACUGUAGGCGUCCCCCAACGAAGAAGUGCACCAUGGAAAUGUUGCACAUGCCCCAUGCCACAUGGACCUAAAUAUGCCUCAGGGGCCCAAUGGCCCCAAGCUUCUCGAUGUGGUCAAAAUCUCACUGAGCACAACCUUCAACCCCUCUACAAAACCAGAGCCCCAUCUAUCAGAACCACAGAGGAACCAGCGAAGAGCUGGAUGGGUUCCUGAAGGGGUCCAACAAACUCUGAACAGCAGCUGUACCGAGAAGUGUGGAACUCCAAGCAAACCUCGGACUGAAGUGAAGAAUUCAGAUUAGAAAGUCCAGACUCAGAACACCGAUACUUAACGUCUAUUAGAUGUUUUUGGAGGGACCUAUAUAGCCGUUUCUGCACUUUUUUGUGAGUUUGUGUGGAUUACACUUUCUGUAACUGUGCGAUGUCGGUUUAUUUAUUCGUAAUAGUCAGGGAAUAUUUUGGCAAGUAAGAACUGAAAGACAGAUCAAAGUCGUCCAACAUCAUUCAAAGAUUUUCACUACCCGUUAGGCCUUCUUAUGACUCAGAAUUAGAAAUGAUAUGAACUUUUUGCAGUAAAUGUCACAACUCACUUGGCAUGGGUGGUUUUCUGGUUAAGAAUGUGUUCGAGACUACUGUUGUGAUAUUAUAUACAAUUUUUCUCUUUUGUGAGAUUCAUUGAGGUAGAAAAUUGUAUUGAGGGUUUUGUCAAUUUUUAUUCUCUUUUAUUUCAUGCCCUGAGGAUCACGGUAUAGUUUGUGUGUGUGUGUGUGUGUGUGGUGACGUUGUUGUUGAGACUGGGAAGAAUUCAGUCUGCAGUAUUCACUUUAUUAACAAUAUUGAUUGGUUGAGUUCAUUUAGAUUUCAUUUCAGUUGUCAAUUGAACUGCCGAAAUAAAAACUCAUGACUAAAAACGAUUACACACUCCAUGUGUUACAAAAUUAUGCACGUCAUACAUUUUCAGAAAGGUCAACAGCAAAUAUGUUGGAAAAUUCAAAAGUGGCUUAAAAAACAACAUGAAACAGCAUUCACGACUCAUUUUAUUUAAGUAAUGUGAUGUAUUUCUGAGUGAAACGGUAUUCAAGAAAAAAAAAAUACACACAAAGCCCAUUUUUAAAAUGUACGCAUUUCAGUUUCAUAAAAUUCCAUCAAAUUGAAUUGUGUAAUGUUUAACAAAAUUGAAUUAAUAAAACAUUUCAUUUUAUUCUAUUUUAUUAAAGAUUACUCAAUUCCAUUUGAUUGAAUUUUAUUAUGAAAUGAAACGCAUCAAUCUUAAAAUGAUUUUUUUUUUGUAUAGCCUGAGACAGUUCAUUCACAAAGUUUUAUACAAGUAUGCUUUUCUCCUUAAAUGUCUGUUUAUUAAUUUUUUUUUUCAGCUAUCAGUAGUACUCACAGCUCUGUUUAACAAAUUUUACCAUGUUAAAACAAAUUUUGCAGAAUUCCUCAGACUUCCCCCCAGAAAUCCUUUUAAAGGAAUAUUCCGCAUAAAAUUGAUUACACCAGAAAAAUGUUUCGACUCGUCCCUCCUUUUCUUUAAAAAAAAAAAAAAAAUGCAAACAUGGAGGUUACAGUGAGGCAAUUACAAUGGAAGUGAAUGGGGCCAAUUUUUGGAGGGUUUAAAUGCAGAAAUGUGAAGCUUAUAAUUUUAUAAAAGCACUUGCAUUAAUUCUUCUGUUAACACUUGUGUAUUAUUUGAGCUGUACAGUGUAUUUGUUUAAAUCAUAAUUUUUGCAGUAGUUUUGGGGUUUAUGGCAUUACGUCAUCAUGGCAACUAAGUUCUAAAAUUGUCUAUAACUUUACACAGAAAAAGUAAGCAAUUUUAACUAAAAUCAUGUUCACAUGCAUAUUGUUUAUAUCUUGUGGCUACUUUUGAAACAGUGAGUAUUUUAACAUUUACAGAUUGGCCCCCAUUCACUUUCAUUGUAAGUGCCUCACUGGAACCCAGAUUUGUGCUUUUUUUUUUUUUUUUAAAUAAAAGGAGGGACAAGUCAAAAAAAAAAUUUGGUGGUAAUCAACAUUAUACCACAAAUGCUGUUGAUUGAGCUUAACUUGUAUUGAACCCGGAAUAUUCCUUUAAUUGUCAUGAAAACAAUGCCACAACACACAAAACACAUCUUAAUGGUAAUUUUGUUUAAACAUAUAUUUACAUACAUUUCAUUAAGUAAAAUAUACUUUUUUGUUUCUUUCGACUUUGGGGUGAAAUAUGACCAGGACAUGUUCUUGACAGAUUUCAUGAAAUUCACCCGAACACACAUACUGAUGAAAUGCAGGUAUACCUUGAAUACACUGGAAUCAUACAUGACUGUAAAGAUUUAAAUUUAAGACUGUCACAUUAAAAUAUAUUUGAUAAUGUUCGUCUUAAUUAGCCGUCCUCAGUCAUAUGAUUUAACUCUUGGUAUCACAGAUGUAGGGUAUAACGGGACGUAAAGCCCCCCAGGGGGAAAAAGCACAUUUGAUUUUAUUUUCUACUACCACAGUAGUUUUCUAAACACCUGUAUGUCACCUUUUACUACAAAAUAUUCCUGAUCCAUGUGAGAAUUUUGUGCAAUAUCUAAAGUUUGAUUUUGAGGUAAUUUGAUCACAUAUUCACUAAAUCAAAAUGAAUGGUGAUUUGAAAUGUGUAUUAAAUAUGACAUUUGUUCUUUAAGGGAAGCAGAAAAAAAAGACUAUAGAAUAUACCUGGGAUGCGUGCAUAUCCACCAGACACUGUUAGAAGACAAACUAAAUAAAUGAAAAAGUUUGAAACACGUGUUUUAAGGGACCUUUAAUUUCUAAGAGUCCACAGUGCCCAUAGUUGAAACAUUAUACAAUUCUUAUCUCAGCUUGAGUAAUUUUGUUUUCUCAGUGAAACAUUAAAUCUGGAAUAUUGUGUGAAAGAUCUCCCGUGGUGGCUCAUCCGUCUUUCCUGCCUGGGGCCUGUGAUGAUGAGAACAGCAGCGGGGGGUUUUGAGUCAUACGUUAUUGGCGUUUGUACUCAUUUAGACCAUUCGUCGCCUUCAGUAACCCCCCGUCAACACUGUCGCCCCAGAAACCGCCCCACUAUCUCACCUCAGCAAUACUGACACAUCAUUAGCCGUCCGUAGUGGACAUGGAGACUGUUUUGGGUGGAACUGGACGUGGACAGAUGUUUUGUCUUACAACUGCAAAAGUUCUCGACGAGUUGCUGUCUGAUCACUCUUUGCAUUUUUGUUGGCUGCUGUUGAAGUAAUUACAGUAAAAGUUCACCCAAAAAUGAACAUUUUGUCUUUAUUUACUCAUCCUAAUAUUGUUCCAAAUCCGUAUGCUGUUAUUUAUCAUCAUGGAACACAAAAUGAGAUUUGAGAAAUUUUCACGCAGCUUUUUUUUUUUACAAACAACCCCAGUUCAAAGCAACCUGGAGUUAAGUGCCUUGCCCGAGGACACAAUGGUGGUGGCUGUGAGAUUUGAACCAACAACCUUCUGCUUUUCAGGUCAGUGCUUUAGUCCACUACACCACCACCACCCCAUGUGUCUUAUGAAGCAGUAGCGUAGCCACGGGUGUGCCAGGGUGUGCAAAUGCCACCCAAAACGUCAGCUUGCACGCCCAAGUGAAGUAAGUUUUUUUCAAUGAUUAAUAAUAGUAGUGGUGUAAAAGUGCAUUCAUGUAAUGAUGAACAUUCAACAUAUCGAUUACGGGAUUUAAUAAUCAAUUAUAAUGACUAUAAUAAUACUCAGUGUGUUACAGAGGCCAUCUCAGAUUACAUGCACACUCUAGCAACAGACGUGGAGCAAAUGACAGAGGAAACAUGCACGCUUGUUUAUAUUAUACCGUGUUCUGGCUUCUUCGUCAUUAUUCAUAACUGCGAAUAGCACAUUUCUACAAUGGCAUUGGUAACUUUUGCUCUUGCGUGAUGAUGCAUCUUUGCCGCUAUUGUAGGUGUCAGCGCAACACAAAAAAAUACAAAAAUAAAUACUGAGUAGACCUGUAGUAUUGGACAUUGUGUUGGGUGGCUGGAGUCUCUGAUGAUUCUCAUAGCUUUUCUCACACACCGCCUGGUGUAGAUGUCCUGGAGGGAGGGAAGCUCUCCUCCGAUGAUGUGUCUGGCUGUUCGCACCACCCUUUGCAGGGCUUUGCGGUUGAGGGCGGUGAUGCAGCCAGUCAGGAUGCUCUCUACAGUGCUGGUGUAGAACCGUGUGAGAAUGUGGUGGUUCAUUCCAAACGUCCUCAGCCGUCUCAGGAAGAAGAGGCGCUGGUGAGCCUUCUUCACAAUGGCCUCUGUGUGAACAGACCAUGUGAGUUCCUCAGUGAUGUGGACACUGAGGAACUUGAAGCUGCUGAGUCUCUCCACCGGUGCUCCAUUGAUGGUGAUGGGGCUGUAUUCUCUGUCUUUUCUACUGAAGUCCACCACAAGCUCCUUGGUUUUGCUGAUGCUGAGGGAGAGGUAAGCUGUUCUUUUUAAUGAAUCGAUCAAAAAGACUCAAAGCAGACUCAAAAAGCAGUCUUCAGCUUGAUUUGAAUCAGGCUAAUGACUCACUCAUUAGCUAUGCUUCUAUUCAAGUUGAGCAUUUAAUUUCACCAAAACAAUGUGGAAAUAAAGCCAUGUUUCCAUCCCAUAUGUUAAAAUAAAACAAACAAAAUGGUCUCUUCCAGAUAAAUUGUAGCCACUGUGACUCUUUUAUUAAUAAAAUACUCGCGGUUUAGAGCACACAGACAAAACACUGUGAAGAACUUGUCUCAUGUCUGGGAGCGUGUCACACAGAGUGUAUGCAUUCCUCCAUCCUUAUGACUUUACCAUGCAGAUCUAUAAGAUAUUUUUCAAAAGUGUCAAUAAACCUGCUCUUCGGCACAUUUCAAGUUUGUAUUUGACUUAUUUGCUCUGCAAACGUUUUGCAGGCUUUGCAUUUUCUAGACACUGUUAUUUCAGGAUGACCAGAGCAACAUUUUAGAUGCAAUGAUUGGUCCACAGCUAGUCCAGUUAUGAACCAAUUAUUCAGUUACAUGACUUUUUUAUGCACAUCUUGUAUUCCUAUUAAAUUUAAAUACAAGUUUAUUUGGUAAAUGUGUUUCCAUCAUUAUGCGCAUUUAUGCGUAUUUCUUCUUAUUGAAUAAAAAAUGUAUUUACCUCAAGGGAGCAUAUACGUUUUGAUCCACAUCUUCGUGUUUUUAUCCCAAAAUAUGCAUAAAAAUAUGUGGAUGGAAACCCGGCUACCGACUCAACAGGAGUUUUGUCAUAAUAAAUGGUACUUUAAAUAAAAAAAGACAAUAUGUUACUUAAAAGUAGUAUUAUUUUUGUUUAGUAUAUUUGUAAAAUUGAAGUGAAUCAGUUAUUAUAGACUGUUAAUGUAAAUGAACUGGUUAAAAUAAACAAUUCCCCUAUCUAUAGUGUUGGGAACUCUGAUUCAUUUUAGUGAGUCGGUCCUUUCGGACAGUUCAUGUAAAUGAACAAGUUCAUAUAAAUGAUUCACUGAUUCACUUGAGCCCUGCGCAUCCUUUAAAUGUUAGUUCACCCAGAAAUGAAAAUUUUCUCAUGAUUUACUCACCCUCAUGCCAUCCCAGAUGUGUAUGACUUUCUUUCUUCUGCAGAACACAAAUGAAGAUUUUUAAAAGAAUAUUUCAGCUCUGUAGGUCCAUACAGUGCAAGUGAAUGGGUGCCAAAAUUUUGAAGCUCAAAAAUCCACAUAAAGGCAGCAUAAAAGUAAUCCAUACGACUCCAGUGGUUAAAUCCAUGUGUUCAGACACGAUAUGAUAAGUGUGGGUGAGAAACGGUUUAAAAUUUAAAGGGGUCAUAAAAUGCUCUUUUUCUAUAUAGUUUUAUUAUCUUCCCUGAGGUCCACUGAUAAUGAUAGUGAAGUUUUUUUUUUUAAUCAAAACAGUUAUAAUUUAGUAAUAUAUGAUCAUUUUUCACCUUCUUUCUGGCCCUCUGACUGAACACUCGGUUUUGGCCUCAGCUCCUCAUUUAAACGUCAACGUAAACUCCCACUGUUCUGAUUGGCUAACAUCGUGCAGCCCCUCAAAUAGAGCCAUAUUUGAAUUUCAAUCGGCAGAGAAUGAACAACCCCACAAUAUUAUAAAACUACAUUUCAGGGUUUACACAUAACACAUAUCCAACACAUUGCAUCCGGAUAUAUUAAACUGUUCAUCUCAAGCACAACUGUUAACACUCACACCUUGUCUAAACUGGACGCAAGUGGUGCGUCGCAUCAAAAGCAAUAGAACCCAUUAUAUUCAAUGAUGCUGUCUACCAUGGCAGCGUCAGUUGCAGCACGUCAAGCCAAUAGUAAACAGGUGUCCCGUUCCAUUUUGCACUGGAGCUACUACUGCCAAAACACUAAUAAAAGGUUUAGAAAGUUUGUGUUGAUGUGCCUGGUGUAAACAGCCUCAAGCCACUGUGUCUCGUCGCAUCAACGGACGCGCCCGGUAUAAACAGCCUCAAGCCGUUGUGUCCCGUCGCGUUAACGGACACACCCAGUGCAGACAAGGUGUCAGCACCAUAAACUAUCAAACAGUCAUGACAUUUGAAAUAUUCAUGAAUGGAACUGUUUACUUAUGUUUUUGAUUGUGUCCAAUAGUGUUUUUAAGUGCCCCAUCAUUCAAUGACAAUUCCUUGGCAAAGCCUGAAUCAUUUUAUGACUGGUUCACAAGCAAUCCACGCUGAUAUCAGUGGCAAAACAUGCAAUCCAUGCUGAAAUACACCGAUGAGACAUCCACAUUAUGCACAUACAUAGUCCAAAGCACUCUGAAGACGCACACAUCCAGUUUUCAGUAUCAUCCUGCAGUGAGGUGCACAUUGCCGGAAAUGCAUCAAAGCUGUCAAAGACGUCCAUCUAGGGUGUGUUUACGUACACCAAAAAUUAAAAAAUAGCAUAGAUGGGUGUAUAGUUUGUUGAGCAGUUUAUGCACAAAACAACAAGAGGCAGAGCAGUAGGCCUAUAUCCUACUCUCUCACAUUCUCUCUUUAUGAACUGACCCCCCCAGUGGGCGGGGCCAAGGGUGCGAUAAUGUAAAGUAGGCGUUGAUGUUUUUUCUGUAGAGGCGGUCAAGAAUUAAUGAGUACCCUUUGUGAAAUCACUAAUAUACGGAUGUAGAGAAGGAGGCGUUUUGGCAGCUUGGUUUCAAUAAAUGCUUUUAUUGCACUGGGGAUUAAGUUUUCAGUUCUGAAAUUUACAGUAUGUUUUUAUAGUAGAAAGACCUCUUAAAUGACAAAAUAUCAAGGAACAUUUGAUUCCUAAUGACAUGACCCCUUUAAGUCAUUUUUUUAAUCAUAAAAUCUCCUCCCUGCCCAGUAGGGGGCGAUAUGCAUGAAGAAUGAGAAUCACCAAAAACAGAAGGAGGAGAAAGUGAAAGUUCCAUUCAAUAGAAUUAAAUAAUAUAAUCUCAUUGAUAUAUAUCUACAACAGAAUAUUUAAAUAAAAUAUUUUUUUCUUUAAAUUGCUUCAAUGUAGCUAGUAUUGUUUUAAAGAGUAGCUAGACUGUAGUCUAACUUCUUUAAGUUAUGUGUAGCUUAUAGCUUGGAAAACUACAGUUUCAAAAUAGCUUCUCCAGCACUGGUACUGUAUAUAAUUAAGGCCAAUUAUACUUCAAUUACUAAAAGAAUCUUUAAGGAACCAGAACCGUUCAGUGGAACCAAAACCAUUAAAUUCCUUACGAUUCCCAUCCCUGGUUAUUAAUGCAAGUAAUCCAGACGUUUGUCUGUCUGUCUGUCUAUCCAACCCACCUAAAUGUCCCACGCAUCUCUCUUGCAAUCUGUUUUCUAAUAUCUCCAUCCUACAAAUAGAUUAAAUUCAUUUUUAUGAUCCUUACACCCACGAUAAGGGGUAAGAAAUGCUGAAAAAUUGAGGUUAUGAAUAUCGAAUAACAAACCAGUUCACGGAUGAAAAAUAUCAGUCUGUUGUGCAUUUUCUGCUUAAAAAAUUACACAGGCGCAAUUCACCACUAAAACGGCAUCAGAGAAUCUUUCCACCUGCGCCCGAACCCGUUCGCUAAGAGUAGACUCGCUUAAACUGCCCAUAAUGUUUUUGCCAUUUAGAUUAAUUGAAAGCCAUUCACCGUAUCCAAUUUAGGAGACUACACAUUAAGGAAAUUAAAUUACAGGAGUGGGUGGAGGGGUGUUCUUAGAGAGAAGUGCCCUUUAAGAGCUGACGUCGAGAGCAGUAAGCUCGAGUUUUUCUGGUAAAGGUUAAAAAAAUCGU